CCCAACUUAUCUCUUUGCAUACCAACUCAUUUCUGAUGCAUAUAUGUGCAUUUGACGUUUGUUUAUAUGGCUACUUGAAGUCGUAAGAUUUGUAACCACUAUUUGUAUCAAAAUGUAUAAAGGUGGAAGACCAAAAAGUAAAUUAUGGGAUGAAACAAAUGGACAAGAUGGAUGUUUAUAACCUAGCGGAUACAGCAUGCUCUACGUCUGUUUUGUCUGCCAUAUGUGAUACAAUUUCUCUUGGUUUUCUACGUUUUCUACGUAUAUUCAGCGGAAAAAUGCCACCGUCUUGUUCAAAUAAAUAUUGUACGUAUGUGAAGCCGAUUUAUGUGAUGGAAGAAAAAAGUUUAAAAGAAACCAUGGUACCCAGUCAAUUGAUCAUAUGUCUUGUCUUCGUUUCUGGAGCUGCAUUUGCUGUCAUCGGUGCGUUUUUGUCACUGUAUUUACGAAAAGAGAUCUUGGAUUUCACAGGUAAAGAGGUUCGACAUACAUUUGCUCCUUUACCUGAUCAGAAUUAUUUAAACAUUUAUGACGACAGGAUAUUGAGUAUCACUGUGUCAACUUCUGAGGUACAAGAAGUUCAACAGACAAAUGAUGCAGGAUUAGAAGCAGAAGCUUUGACCUCGUUGCAUUUGGCUCUAGAAAUGAAAUUGUCUGGCAAGAAAAACAAAGCGAUUAAGUUAUAUCGACAUGCAGUGGCAUUAGCUCCUAAUCAUCCAGAUGUUUUAAAUUGUUACGGUGAAUUUCUUGAACAUACUCAAAAAGAUGUUAUAAAGGCUGACGAAUUUUAUGUUCGUGCAUUGACACACGAACCAAAUCACGAAGGGGCAUUAGUCAAUAGACAGAGAACAGCUCGUGUAGUCGAAGAACUUGAUAGAAGAAUGUUAAGAAGAAUCGAUGAAAAACGUGAUGCCUUGUCUGUCAUACCUGAUAACGAUGCUGCUUUAAUUCGAGCUAAAAAGGAGGCUUAUUUUCAACAUAUUUAUCAUACGGUUGGUAUCGAAGGUAAUACCAUGAACUUAGCACAAACUAGAGCUAUUGUCGAAACGAGAACAGCUGUUGCGGGAAAGAGCAUUGAUGAACAUAAUGAGAUCCUAGGUUUGGAUUCUGCCAUGAAAUACAUUAAUGCUACUCUGGUUAAUAGAAUGGGUGCAAUUUCUAUAAAGGACAUUAUUGAGAUACAUCGACGUGUGUUGGGACAUGUGGAUCCCAUACAAAGUGGACAUUUUAGGCGUGCCCAGGUUUAUGUAGGAGGUCACAUACCACCAGGACCUGGUGAUAUUCAUUACCUUAUGGAAGAAUUUGCAUUGUGGCUGAACAGUGAAAAUGCUAUUAGGAUGCACCCUGUUAGAUAUGCAGCAUUGGCUCAUUAUAAAUUGGUCCACAUUCAUCCAUUUUCCGAUGGAAAUGGUAGAACAUCCCGACUACUAAUGAAUAUGAUUCUCAUGCAAGCUGGUUACCCUCCAGUGAUUAUUCACAAACAACAUCGGCACAGAUAUUAUGAGAAUUUACGAAUAGCAAACGCUGGUGAUGUACGACCAUUUGUCAGAUUCAUCGCUGAGUGUACGGAGCAGACAUUGGAUCUGUUCCUUUGGGCCACUAGUGAAUUUUCGAAACAAGUCCCUGCCUUGGGUCAAGAAUCACUAAUGCCAGAUAAUCACAAUACUAUUGUAGUGGACGAAGAAGGAAGUAAUGAUUUUGAGAAUGAUUAAACAAAUUUUCAAAACUUGCUGCCACCAAUUGAAGUCGCAACCAGGCUGAAUAGUUUAUCCGAUCAUACCGAUCAUGCAGUUAAGAAUUCUACUAUGUGAUUCAAUGCAAUUGACUCAAGUCUGUCAGGUUACUCAGGAACUUGUACUGUCAGGAAGUCAUUGCAUGUAGACAAAAUUGUCUAAAAAUCAAUAAUCUACGAACACUGUGAGAAAAACUGCGAUUACUGAAAAUUAUACUUGAAUUUUUGAACUAAUAACAAGUGUUCAGUGUAUUGACGCACACAAACAAUUCAUGCAGUGCUGUUGCAUGUACAUGAAAGAUGUACUUUUAACCGAAGCUACGUUUGAAGAUCUCGUUUGGGAAGAAAACCAAAGAGUGAGCUUUUGGAAUGCUGGAAAAGUGACCGUUAGUGUAGUUAUUUUUAAAUCUAGAGAUUGAAUCUCGCAUUGUUGCAGGCAGUGUUAAGUGCUCUAUCGCCGAAGACAAAGGUGCCGAAUUAAAGUAUGUGACUUCCAUUUCAUAUCGAUAUUUAGUGUUAUAAAUUCCAAGUCCCUCUUUGAAACUGUGAUAUCAUGCAUACUUAUUAUUUAUUCACAUACAUUAGUAAAAAUAACGUAUUGAGCUCAAUACGUGUGAAUGAAACAAGCUCAUACAGUGCAGUGCAGACUUGCUGGUCGAGUUGGCACGACACGUGAAAGCUAAUGGAAAUGAAUGAAACGUUAAAAAUAAAGUUUUCUGCAAUACCAAAAUAAA